AUGGCCGAGGAAACCGAGAAUCUGAUCUUAGCGCAAGAGUACAAAAUUGGUGCUCUCACACGCGUGCUCAUCAACUACAAGAAACUCCCGAAGGCGAGCGUGACGGUGCCGACGAUCCAGAGCCGCAUCUCCCAGCUGAAGGAGCUCUGGGCCGCCUGUAGCAACCAACAUGUCCUGCUUUUGCAGACCGCUACGUCCGGGGAGCUAAAGGGCCUGCCCUACUUCGUGGACAACGUAAUCCUGGAAGCCGAGGACGUCUAUGCCAACACGAGCGACAUUCUACAAAACGCGCUAAGUAGACUGUUACCCGCUAACACUAACUCUUCAUUAUCCGAUAGUCACGACGAGUCUGUUUCGCGCGAGUCGGGUUCUCAGAUCUCGCGAUUGCCACGUAUAUCGUUGCCAAAAUUUACCGGUAAAAUCGCGGAAUGGGAGAGUUUUCGAAACAUGUUCGAGUCUCUCGUGGCCUGUAGUGUUUCGCUUUCUAAAGUUCAGAAAUUUCAUUACUUAAAAACAAGCGUUACCGGUGAAGCCGCGGUGCUGAUCAAUAACUUGAAAAUUUCGGAGGCUAAUUACGACUCCGCGUGGCAAUUGCUGAUCGACGAAUACGACGACAAGCAAACCUCAGUUCAUACGCAUUUGCACGCGUUUGCUAGUCUACCUGUGAUGAAAACGGAGAAUGUGAACGACUUGCAAAAACUCUGCGAUACGGUCUCUUCGUCGUUAACCGCGCUAAAGAAUCUCGAUCGUCCGGUAAAUGAGUGGGACGAUCUGCUCGUUUAUCUUAUUGCUCAAAAGUUUAGUCCUCGCACUCGCAGCGAAUGGAAUUUGAAACGUACGGAAUUCGCCAAGCUUCCGUCUUACAAAGAUAUUAAUGACUUUCUGACUCUACGCAUUCGCGGAUUAUCCGAUCUUUCCGAUUCGCCGAAGGAUACUCGUCGUUAA